UAUUUCCCAUGAAUGAACCGCCGACUUUACCUUCGAGGUCACGGAACAGUUUUUUUUACCUGGAUCGUGAUGUAAUGGCCCCACAGCGCUUAGUGCAGAAAUAACUCAAUGAGAGUCGCACUCUCCGUGUUGUGUUUCAAUAAAACAAAACACAUUUGACUAAACUUGAUUUGGCGGGUCAAUUAAUUUGAAUUUAAUCGCGCAACCAUGAUUAACCGUGAAGUGAACGCACACAAAUAAGUUCAGUGUAUUUACGCACGCGCCCCAAACCAAAACGUCGUGAGUUGAGUGAUGUAAGACUAUUUUUGUAGUUAACCUUAUUCUACUCGUCUAAAGUGAAUCAUCAAGAUUUCUUGUACAGUGUUUUUGAGUCUAGCGUGUACCUACAAUGCGUUCAAUAAUUAAAAAAGAAGGAGUUAACGAAAUAUUAACCGUUUAUUUAUAGGACACAAAAUGAUGUUAUUGAUGUCACCGAGUCAAAGUAAACAAAAUCGAUAAGGAUGUCUCGAAUGGACUGUGUGUCAUAUAGAUGCGAGUGAAAUGGAUAACUGUUUCGCGGCAUGCGGGAGCGAGGGGGUCACCACAGCUGACUUGGACCGAUUCACCGACAAAAUAGAAAAUGUCCUCAACGACGAAAAGGGAAGGCGCCUCUUUGCUGAUUUCAUGUUCAGCAGUAAAAUGAAGGAUGGACGACGCACUCUAGUUUUCUGGGAAAAAAUCGAGAAGCUACUGGCCGAUACUGAGUCCACUGAAGGCGCGUCGUACCGCAGAUACCUGAGGAAAAUCGAUAGUCUGAUGGAUGAGGCCGAAAGGAUAGAAGAACUGGAUUUCGCAACCAUGGAACGACUAGCCGCCGCACGGGAUUCAGAGAGUAAAGAGGACAUAAUUGAGGCUUUGAAAGUAUUAAAAGUAGAAGCAACUAAGGCUCUGAAGAGGGAAUACAAUGCAUUUAGAAGACAUUACGUCAAUGUGAAAUAGUGAAGAAAAUUUUAUUCCUGCAAAUAAGUGCCUUCCAUUACAAAUAUGUAUUUGAAAAUUCGCGCCGAUACUGACUAUCAAAAUGGCAAACAUUUCGUGUUGGAAUUGCAACGUAAUACAAGCUAAUCGAUAGUCACAACAUUCCCACCCAUUUAUUACCGCGAAGCAAGAUUUACUAGACACUAUGCAGUCCGAUUACUGGAUAUGGGAGGUCACAUUAUACACGAAACUUAAACUUACUACUUAACUUUAAAGUGGCCAGUCAGACAUUUUGCUAAAGUUGUGUUAAAAACACGAAAAACACAAAGAAAAGCCUCAGUGUUAAAAUAUGCAAAGUGCACAUGUUUUAAUUAUUAAAUAUAUUUUUAUGUUUGCAAA